AUGCGUCAUGUUUACAAAACCGCUACCUUGUUUUACAUACCCACAGCUAUUCCGUUUUAUCGAGACUGGGACAAAGAAAUACACCCAAGCAUGUUUUAUGACGCAAUCGAAAACAUUCGAAAAAUGUUGCCGAUUGACAUUUUGAUUAUAAAGAACAGGUAAAAUGGUUUAUUUUGCCAAUUAAGCCCUAGUUUGAGAUUUUGCUUUAUCCCUAGCUUUAGUCCUAGCCCUAGCAUUACACCGUUCUCUAGCCUUAACCCUACAGCUUUGACUUUAACCCUAAACCCUAAGUCUAGCUCUAUCCUUACCCUCAUCUCCACCCUUCCUAUGUAGAAUUUUGACAAUAAUAUUUUAGCUACGUACAGCUGCUAAAAAAACCACGAUAUAUUCAACACUUCAUGCUUGAUGAAAUGCAAAAGUUCUACGACAAUGUAACAUCGAAAGCCAAACAUAUUGUGAUGUCAUACUCCGACUACCACCGUUCGGUUCAUUUUGAAAAGUUUAACCGCGAUGUUCAACAUAAUAACACUCGAAAUCCUUACUGCGACUAUAAGGCAAGUUUAUAAAAUUGUCAUAUCAAACUUUAGAUAAUUCCAAGAGUUAAAGUUAAUAUCUGAAACCAAGUCUCCGGUACAAUAUUUUUUUAUUACAAUGUGCUACUCUGCCAUCUCCAGCCGUGCCUUGCUCUGUCCUGUUUUGUUCUGCCCUUAUUUGAUUAUUUCAGAAAGCCAAAGCAAACGUACAAAAAUUGGAUAAGAUUAUAGACAAAAUAAAGUGCAAAAACUGUAUUAAAGUCAACUUUAACCACGCAACUUGUGAUUAUGUUAUAAACAAGUGUAUUAACGCCUUACCAAACGGAAUUGCCUUGUUUCGCGACAUUUUUCACACAACAUUCUUUGGAAACCUCUUACAUGCCGAGUUUUUAGAAGACGAAUUGAAACUCCAUAACAUCUUGUAA